AUGGCGAACGCGGUCACUCCACUCUCUUCCUCCGGCACAUCGUCUCGGCUUCUCGUGGUCCGUUCUCCUCCGGCGCGCACGCUGCGCGAGCGUGGCCUCCGUCCUCGCUGCCGCGGAAGAGGUUCUCGCGCAUUCCCUCGUAUGAGGGCCUCUCCCAUCGAUACGAAGGAUGCGGAGAGGCUCUCUGAUGGGAAACCGGCCUUCGUGACAGUCCCGGAGGAGCCCGAAGUUCGGACAGGGUAUCAGAUUCAUUCCCGUUCCCUUGUCUCUCCAUUUGAGCCUUCGGAAUUUCCGUCGUUUGUUAUGCUUUUUUUUUUGUUUUCUUCUUGAUUAAUUCUGUGCAUGCCACGUUGGGAAUCUAAUGUUAAUAAGACGAAAAAUUGUUAUGGAAAUCCAUUUCCUCGUCAACCUUCUUUGUAUGCUUUUAUCCAGACUCGUAUCAGAUCGGUCAUUGCUUUUCUCAUGUUCUAGCUUAAAAUUUUAUUGAAAGCCAGAUAUUAUUCACUUUUUAACAUAAGAACUAAAGUUCGUCUUAAGAUUUUCUUAUUAUCUCACACUUCUCUAUGGUCGAUUACAUAGCUUACCGCUUUUAUUUUUCUCUUUUGUUGCAGAACUUGGAACUGGCGAGGUUAUAACAUUCGCUAUCAAUUCGCUGGAGACACUGGUCCAGCAUUAGUUUUGAUUCAUGGUUUCGGGGCAAACAGGUAGAAAUCCUGCAUAUUUUGCUUCAUAUUAUUUGCUUCUGGGAACAACACCGCUUUAGACCUUAAUUGGAUUUUCUCUAGAAACCGGAAUUACUUGCGAGAAUAAGGAAAUCUCAUACUGAUGAUUCACUUUUAUGGAACCAUAAUUUUUCUUAAUUUAUCACUCAAAUUUAUUGUAAAAAAGUACACAUAUUUCAAAAGUAGGUUACCAGAGGAUUUGUGGGGAUGGCAGUGUGCUUUCAUGAGUUUUAGUCUAAUGUUUUUCUAUUUUCGCUAGGUAAAAAAUCAAAAUUUUUCUUUGACAUUCUCCUUCCUGUGAUGUUAAUACUUGUGUAAGUUCGUGUUUCUGAUGAAAACUAUUUGCACCUAAUUCUGGCGUCGAUGAAAAAGUUUUGAUCCGACAUUUGAGAUGCUCAGGCAUUUAAAUAGUUCCACCCAAAUGUGUGCCAUCAGUGGCUAUGUUUUGAUAAGGAAAGAACUGUUAGAUUUUUGUAAGAUCGUAAAAUUCUGAUGCCCAUGCGUUUUUUCUUAAUUAUCUGUGUUGUGGAGGUGAAGUGGUUAAAGCAUGUUGCAGCACUCCAUUUGAUACAAAAUUUAACUUCCUUUUGUUUUCUAUAUUCCAUUCUCUUUGAUUCAUCACUUUCUGCUCUGUUCUAAUGGACUUGGAUUGUUUUUUACAGUGAUCACUGGAGUAAAAAUAUUUCCUAUCUGGGAAAAUCUCAUAGAGUUUUCUCAAUCGACCUUAUUGGAUAUGGUUACUCUGGAAAGCCAAACCCCCGUGAUAUUGGUGUUGACACAUUUUAUACCUUUGAGACGUGGGGUUCUCAAGUAAAUGACUUCUGUUCAAACGUAGUCAAGGAGGAAGCAUUCUUUAUAUGUAAUUCCAUAGGAGGUAUAUAUCUAAACUUUAUUUGCGCAUGAAUGUUUCUUUUCACAAUAAUUUUUUUACAAUGGGCCCUUUCCAUUUUAGACAAACCCCAAAAUGGCCUUAUAAGCAAUAAAAGAGUAGAAUCACUCAUAUAUCUUUUUGUAAGUUGUAAGGUUAAUCUGAACCGAAUCUAGAUUCACAUGCUUGAAGCUAAUCCCUUGUGAACUUUUUUCAUCUUUUUGUGAUAUAUUUCUGUGUUUUUCAUGGGUUUUUAUUCUCCAUCAUCUUCUUCAAUUCUAUUUGCAUUCAAUUAGAAGUUUCAUUCUAUUCUCACUGACCAUGCUGGCUUCAUGUCUUCUUGAAUCUUAUAUGAUAUCCAUGAUUUUUCAAAUGCACUAAGAUGGAUAGAUUGCUCUGUCUUGCUCUCCCUCUCUCUCCUUUUUAUUUUCAGGACUUGUUGGUCUUCAGGCUGCAGUUAUGGACCCUCAGAUGUGUAGGGGAAUGGUCCUUUUAAACAUUUCGCUGCGGAUGCUUCAUAUCAAGAAGCAGCCUUGGUUCGCAAGACCCUUUAUCAGAUCAUUUCAGAAUCUUCUGCGGUAAAGAAGUGAUCUAAUGAUGUUUAUUCAUAUAAAAUUCGCCAUAUUUUCUAUAACUAACUUUCCAGGACGGUGUCAAAAUAGGAACACUCUCUUGGGCAAGUUUUUUUUUAACUCUGUUGCCACACCAGAAUCUGUGAAGAGAAUUCUCUCCCAGGUAUUUUAUCUAAGUUCUCAACGAUUGUUUUAUACUUUAUAUCCUUAUCAUAAGCCUCGGUUUCGUUAAUAUGAGAGCCUACCCCGAUGUAUUUUUUUCUCUAGCUUAUUCGUCGAUCUUGUGGUGAUGAAGUUGAGAUCUGUGUCUUUCCUCGACCAGUGUUACCAUGACCCCUCCAAGGUCACCGAAGAGCUUGUACAGAGCAUCCUGCGACCAGGACUCGAGCGAGGGGCUGCAGAAGUCUUCCUCGAGUUCAUCUGCUACUCAGGCGGCCCUCUGCCCGAGGAACUGCUCCCCCAAGUGAAGGUCAGCCAUCUCCUUCCUGCACUGCCCCGUGUAUGUAUGUCCUGUCACUGCUCACAGAGGGCUCUCGUUCUUGCCCUUCAGUGCCCUGUUCUUGUGGCGUGGGGAGAUAAGGAUCCGUGGGAGCCCAUCGACCUGGGAAGGGCCUACGGAGAUUUCGAUACGGUGGAAGACUUCGUCGUGCUCCCUGAUGUCGGCCACUGCCCGCAGGUCUGUCUUCCUCCUCGAGCACUAGCAUGAAUUCCAUUGAUUCUGUAGUACACAGAUAGAUUCUCCUCUUUCUCCCGCAGGAUGAGGCGCCUGAGCUUGUCAACCCUCUCGUCGAAUCAUUCGUCAGACGGCAUCUGAAGGUUCCCUAG